AAGGAUGGACCCUUAAACUCGACUGGGAGGACGGAAGGAAGAAGCAGUCAUCCAGCGGGCGCAAACGAGCAGGGACCGAGCAGAGGCGAGACGCUGUGCGCCAAGAAAGAACCCCGUGGCUCCGGGCAGCGGAGGAGAUCCAGGGUGCCUGCGCGUCUCCCAACUAACCGGCGGUCCGCUUCAAAUGAUAUCAAAGAGGCAAGUUUCCCUUUCCACGGGCGGAUGGGUGACUUUCCACGGUGCUUUGUGAGGAGGAGAUGAUGAAGAAUUUCAGCAGCAGUCCCCUUCACAGCAACAACCAGACUCCUAACCACAUUAGAGAGCGACACAACAAAAAGUACAGCUUACUCUCUGCUCUGCCGUGGCGAUUCUCCCUGCGAGGUUAUGGUUUCUGCAUGGCUACGCUGUUUCUCUUCUGUUUUGGCUCCCUUUUUUACCAACUGAACGGAGGACCUCCUAAAAUCCUGCUGGACAUCAGGCGGUACCUCGGGGUGUGUUGGAAAAAUCACUGGUCAGUCAAAAUGACCACCGGCAGGCUCUUUAUCCAUAAGGACAGGGUAGAAAGACAUCUGGUGUCGUGUCCACAUGCCCACAAGGCAAGAAAAGGUGAAUCCACAUAUCUGGAUGACCGUGGACCCCCUGCUCCAAGAGUGCUGCCGUUCCCCAGCCAGGUGGUUUAUAACCGUGUAGGGAAGUGUGGCAGCCGGACGGUGGUCAUCUUACUCAGGUUACUGGCUGAGAAACAUCAGUUCAACUUAGUCUCCUCGGACAUCCACAAUAAAACACGUCUCACCAAACAUGAACAGGUGGAUCUCAUGAAAAACAUUAGUAAAAUCCCCCAGCCAUUCCUCUAUACAAGACAUGUUCACUUCCUCAAUUUUACCAGGUUUAGGAUAGAACAGCCUGUCUACGUCAACAUAAUCCGGGACCCGAUCAACCGGUUUCUCUCUAACUAUUUCUUCCGUCGCUUUGGUGACUGGAGGGGUGAGCAGAACCACCUCGUUCGAACGCCAGGGAUGAAAGAUGAUGAGAGAUACCUGGAUAUCAAUGUGUGCAUUCUGGAGAAUUAUCCUGAGUGCUCCAACCCUCGGGUUUUCUACAUCAUUCCCUACUUCUGUGGACAACAUCCUCAGUGCAGAGAGCCAGGAGUAUGGGCUUUGGAGAGGGCCAAACAGAAUGUGCUGGAGAACUACCUCCUUGUGGGUGUCUUAGAGGAGCUGGAGGAUGUUCUGCUCAUGUUGGAGAGGCUCUUACCACAUUACUUUUCUGGAGUAGUCAACAUCUACAAGAGCCCUGAAUAUAGGAAAAUGGGCAACAUGACGGGCACUGUGCGCAAACACACACCAACCCUGGAGGCCCUGCAGGUGCUGUACCACCGCAUGCGCUAUGAGUACGACUUCUAUAACUUCAUCCGGGACCAGUUCCACCUCAUGAAGAAGAAAAUUGGCCUCAGAUCUGUCUCCCAACCCCCCGCCUACUCACCUGCUUUCCUGCGUGAACUUGCUCUAAGAACGGCAGAGCCUCUUGAACAAGACGAGGAGCUGGACUCGGACCUGGAGGAUGCCAACAGCUGGCUGCUCCAUCCCUAAAAGGCUGUUUGAUGAACAACAGAUACAGCCAAAAAUAAAAAUGGCAUCAGAAAGCCGGAGGUAGCCUGAGGGCAAGGGUCUGUGAUUGUUUCCCAUCUUUUGGAUCCUGAUGCUCUUUUUGUGAGUUCUGUUUCCCAUCUGCAGACUCCCAGUAUGACUGCCUCCAUGUGUAAGACUUGAGUAUUUGGAAGAACAUAAAAAGUUCUAUUUAAAGUCUGACCAAGGACAGAGGGAAAUAUUAAGCUCUAUUUGCUUAACUGCUUUUGUUUUAAUUUGAGCUUGUUUUAGGGUUCAUUUAAAAAGAAAAAGAAAAAAAAAAAACUAUUGUCGCUGUAAUUUCCAGGAGAGAUUAGAGCAACACGUGGACAACUAAAUGUUGGAGAGGACUUCAGAGACAUUCCCUGAAGAUAAGUUUAUACUUUACGAAAGGGCUAAUGUCCUAAAAAAUGGGUUGGGACGAGAAAACUGAAAAAGUGCCAAAAGUAUGUAUAUUUGUUGUCCUAAACGUUUGUAAGUGUCAAACCUCAGCAAGUGUUCCAGUAGCUGUGAGACAGGAAGUUCUGUGCACAGUUGGCUGGAGUUGUGAUAUAAUUAAUUCAGUUGUUAUAGUACUGAUUUAUAAGAUAUUAAGUUGAAAUUGUAAAAUAUUAGGUAUAAAUAAGGGUUAAACUGUAUGCAUUCAGUUAUGAAUUCAAAGAAUUCCAACUAUGUGUGCAUGAAUGAUUGAGUUUGACAGAACCACCAGUAUAUUUUAGCAUAGUUUUAUUAUUUGGGAAAGGUCCUUUGUUGACAACAUAACAGUGCUUAAGAGUCAAAUGCUAGAAGCAUUUGUAAUUUGAAGCAAAGAGUUUUUUUUUUACUGUGAUGCAUUACAGUUUUUUCUGAACUUACUAAAAACAAAACAAGCGACUUGGACACAACUGGAUGAAAAUUUGGUCAUUUGCUCUUCGAAGAUUUUUCCAUUGCAAAGUGUAUGAAGUUUUCUUGUUCAUUUCUGUCAUCCAGCAGCUACUAUGAGUGCAUUUUGUCCCAUCACUCGUGUAAGACUUAUCCAAAGACUAGUUAUCAUAAGCUAAUUUAUAUAUUACAUGAAUUUACAUAUUUUUUGCCUAACCCUCCUAACCUCUAUUGCCUGUAACUUCUGUUAUUGUUACAUUCAUGUGUUCAGUUUUUCCUUUUAUGCCAGUUUUAUUUAUUAUUUUUGUAUUCAUUUACUUUCCAGAUAAAAUUCUCAGGAAGGAAAACAAUGUUUAAUAACUUGAGCAUUUCUGGUGGCUAUGAAACUGCUCUUGGCAUUUUAAGGGUGUUCAGGAUGGGUUAAUAUCAACAGCUGGCAACUGGUUAAAGACAAAUGCAUUCUAUCAUUUAAGGUCUUUGAAAUAAAUGUCCUCUAACUGUU